AUGGACGAAGAGGAAUGGUCCAAGGAGCAGGAAGCGAACCGGAAGCCUGGGCAAAAGCACCCGACUCCGUCCCCUGGGUUUGCCGACCGAGUGUUCUACGAGAGCUUGCUGUCGCAAAACCCCAAGAGCAAGAUGGCAAAAAAGUGGUGCCUCGAAUAUGGUGUCCUGGACUGGGACGACGCUGCGGCGCUGUGCAAGGAACUGGGUGUGUCGUUUUCGAGCAAGGGGGGUGCAAAGAAGGCAGUCGAUCCAAAAAAGCGAAAGUCAAAGAACAUCUUGGACGAUACAGUCGACGACACUGGGCUGCAUGCCAGCAGCAACUACGAAGGUGUUGGCGUCGGUGGGAUUUAA